UUGAAACCGGACUAAACAGUUUGCAAUAUUUAUCCACUGGAGAAUAUUCGAGUGGAGUUCGGAGCAAAAUGGCUCAAGUAUGCAGUACGGUUCUAAGAUGCGUAAUGUACGGCGAGAAUGACAAAGCGCAAGACGAAUAUCGGGAGCCACAUGGUUUAAAGGUCUUUUUUCGUAAUAAUAAUGCUAAAAACCACAGGAAACAGUUUAGGGCUGUGGGCAUCGAUUUCCCUGGAAUGCGUUUUCCCAAAGCCGUCGUGCCGCUGUAGCGGCGUUUCUUGCUUUUCGUGACGCGGAUUCUCUCGGAAAAUAUAGGAGCUAAAACAUUGUUUCUUGAACCAAAAUGUUUGUAAGUUAAUGCUAAAAUAACCGCAUGAUUUUUCGAUUUUCAACAAUCAAUUACUUUUCUAUAGGUCAAAAACAAGACGCAAUAUUAACCUUGACAGAAAUGUGGUUUGCACUAAAGUAUGCCGUUGGUGAAUCAAAUUGAACCGUUCAUUCCCGGAACGAUUCCGUUUGCGCAGUUUCUGGAGCAACUGGAUUGGGUGUUUGCGCAUCAUAAAGUGACCAGUGAGGAAGAUCAAAAAGUGUCGUUUUUGGCUUCUUGCAGUAGAGAAGUGUACAGUGAGCUGAAGCUUCUUUUUCCCGAAAGGGAUUUAAAGACCGUGUCUUUCAAGGAAAUUACGGGCGCUCUCAGGAAGCGGUAUGAUAAAACGGAAAGUGAUUUGAUUCAACGUUACAAGUUUUACCAACGUGUCCAAGGUCCGAGUGAGAGCGCGGAAGAUUUUUUACUCGCUGUCAAACUCCAGGCAGAGAUGUGUCAUUUCGAAGAGUUUAAGGACAUGGCGAUUCGCGAUAAAUUGGUUUGCGGUAUUAGCGACAAGGACUUGCAGCAGCGUUUAUUCGAUGAAGAGGAUUUAACGCUGGCUAAAGCGGAGAAACUCACUGUAAACAGAGAAUUAGCAGGAGCGAGAGCUAAACUGAUCUCUGGCGAUUCCAAUCGUGUAAGCGUUUUGAACAGAUUAGGAAGGCGUGACAGCUUCGAAGUUUCCCGAGAUCGCUCACGGGGAAGAAGUCGAGAGCCGGCUAGAAAGAGAAGCAGAAGCUGA